UUUUUGUGUCUCGUGUCCUACACAUGCAAUGGUCUUGGCUUUUGAUGCCAGAUAGAUUUUGAUACACGGGACAAAUGUUUGGGUCACCUGGCAACUUGCUUUAGAACUGCCGCGGGGCAUUAUUUGUAGAGUGCAGAGCAGUUUUUUCUCGGCCAUUUCUGUCGUCAUUUCAAACGUCACCCGAGUUACAAAUUACUGCCUUUUCUAUCGAACUAUGCAAACAGUUUACACAAAGUGGGUUUCUAAUUAGUGAACCUGAAAGGAAUACAUAAUCUAGUUUUUAAAUGUUAGUACUGACCUUUCUUCUUCACUUGUCUCCACUUAUCUGGACUUCGGUUCGGGAGCACGGUUCUAGUAUAUAUCGUCGCACCGUAGAAAGUGUGUUCAGACCUGAAUGGUUCGUACACUACGUCAGUCGGUUCAGGAUGGGUCACAAGAACCGUAUCCAAAACACCCUGUUGCUGGUGGUUCACCUCCUGUUGUUGGGGAGGGAAGGUUCCGCCCUGACAGUGCAACAAGCUGCAGAACUCAAGACAACACUUGAAGAUGUGAAAGCAAAGUGUGAUGCGGCAAGGGCCCGAGUGAUUCAAACUUCCCUGGCUCUGAACACCGCGGCACAGGCCGAGAUUGUCCAAACACCGGUACCGAUACCAACCGGACAACCCGAUGUUAAUCUCGCUCAAGGGAAGCCGGCGUUCCAAUCAAGUAACUUUGUGCCGUCGACCGUCGCCGGCCUUGCCGUAGACGGAAACACCAAUGGCCGCUGGAACGCUCGUUCCUGUGCCUGUACUACGUCACAGCCUACUCCCGAGUGGUGGGUGGAUCUUGGACAAACGUACAUAAUCAACAGAGUGGUCAUUUACAACCGCUGGGACUGCUGCAGGGAACGACUCAACCCUUUCAACAUCCACAUCGGGGAUUCCGAACAGGUUACCUCCAACCCCAAGUGUGGCGGUGACCACCGAAUCGCCCUUACAGAGCCGUCCAUGUCCGUUUCCUGUCCCGCGAUGACUGGACGGUACGUCGGUGUCCGCCUUCCCCGUACCGUACACCUGACAAUAUGUGAGGUUCAAGUCUUUUCAAAUGGAGAGGCCCCAUCUCCUUGGUCAGCAUCCUCCUACCAUGAUUCACAUCUCACACCUGAUCGCGCUGAUAUCAACACUCGCGAGGGUGACAGUGGUGGCGCAUGGGCAGCAGUAACCAACAACCUGCACCAAUGGCUGAUGAGGGACCUGGGCGAGGUGAAGGCCGUGACAGGCAUCAUCACCAAAGGCAGGGACUACAGUCCUGAUUCGAUACAGCCACAUAACCAAUUCGUCACCUCAUACGCCAUAUCAUACGGCAUCGAAAACGGUGAUGAGCAGUUCUACACAGAUGAGAAUGACCAGACUGUUGUUUUCACAGGGAACUCUGACCGUGACACGGCGGUCCGUAACGACUUUAGGGACUACAGCGGUCCUGACGUUCUGAUGGCGCGCUUCGUCAAAAUCCACCCCCGAACCUGGAAUCAUUGGAUCUGUAUGCGGGCGGAGAUCGUAACAUCUGGCUGAUUUGAACAGCAACGCCUUUAUCCCAUUGGACAGAAAGUACGUUUGAACAGAAUUGUUUAUCCCUGCAUGGCACCAUGCAUACCUGACUUUUGUUUACUGCGAACCCUUCUAAGAACUCUUUCUAUGCACUUCGAUAACGCAAAAAGACAGAAAUACGUGAGGGUGGGUCUAGCAAUGAUGCCUUUCGACAGUUGACUACGUCAGGUCUUUUUUUUGCAAUUCUUUGGUUUUGUUUUGACAGUUCAAAAUCGAAUUGAUGUGUUUGUCUUGGCGUGGGUUUACUCCCUAGGAGUGCUGUGUAGGUGUUGUUUUCAUAUUUUGUGGUUUUGCACGUGACUGUAUUUUACAAAAAUAGGCCUCACCUUGUAGCAGAUUGUACUUCUGAAAUAUUAUACAUCAGAUUGGAUGGCAUUUACGUAACGUUGCCAUAACAAUACAAUUGUAACCUGUAUUCCUUUUGCUAUAAUAUUCCCUGAUAUACAUCGAAUUUGGGUCAAAUUGACAAGAUGCAUGUAUUGUAUGUGUUUUGAUUUUUUUCCGAACUGAAAUGGUACAACAUACUGAUGCAAACAUCGAAAAUACUUUGAAUUGACGAAAUAUAAUUCUUUGGUAACUGCA